UGGCUGAAAGCACCAGAUGAUCUCCAAAGAUAACGGAAAGGCGCUGACACAGGAAGGACCUGAGCGAGGCUUGGUGGACGCUGGAUAUAAGGGCUGGACAGGACAGGCGUCUGCAGAGGAGCAACAUGAGACCGUCACUCCAACUUGGUGUUCUGCUCUGCGUGUUGUGCGCCGCACACCUUCAGGCUCAGGAGAAAAGGAACUCGCUGAGGCUCUGCGGCCGGGCCCUGGUGCGAGCUUUGGUGUUCACCUGCGGAGGAUCCAGAUGGAGAAGACAGCUGGAGGAGACGGGCUCUCUGCCAGACGAUUUCUGGGCCGCAGACGGAGAAGAGCCAGACUUCCUGGAGGCAAGAGACGUCGCGGUGAGGGAUCUUCAUCGGAGGGACCAGGACCAGGCCUUGAUAACAACGUGCUGUCAACAAGGCUGCCAAAGAAGUGAGCUGUCCAUGCUCUGCUAGAGGGGGGCCAUUAUUUACCCCACACCCUCAUUCUAAACUUUAGAUAUUUCAGUCAAAAAUGUUUCCAUAAUGUUGUGAUUUAUCUUGUGAGCACGAAUAAAAAGCAUCAUGAA